AUGUCGUCCAAAUGGAAGCAGCUAAAGCACAAGCUUGAAGUGCCUAUUGACGAGGAUGCAUAUUACAAGAAUGAUGUUUGGUGCAACCGAGAUCUGAUCCCUAUGCCGCCUGAGCGUCGGACCUUUGGCGUGUUGGGAUACAUCGGCUAUUGGAGCUGCAGUGGCUCUAACAUCAGCGCAUGGACUGUUGGAAGCACUCUACUCGCUUUCGGGCUCAGUCCUCCCGCUGCUAUCGGCUCCGUCAUCGUGGGUGGUAUUUUGACUGGUCUACUAGCUGUGUUCUGUGGCUGGAUGGGUGAACGCCAUUAUAUCGGCUUCACGGUCUCGUCACGCUUCAGCUGGGGCAUGCGAGGAAGCUACUUCCCCGUUGUCCUCCGCGUUUUUGUCGCAUGCAUGUGGUUUGGUCUUCAGGCACUGUUCGGAGGUCAAGCGAUGCGCGUUCUCUGGGGAGCAAUUAUUCCGGGGUUCGCCCACAUGAAGAACUACUUUUCCGCCGGCUCUCACUUGUUGACAAAGGACUUCAUUGGACUCGUGAUCUGGAUGGCCUUGUUCAUUCCUAUGCUGCUCAUCAAGCCGGAGCAUAUGCAAAUUCCGUUGGGCGUCUCCUUUGUCUUCUUCGUUGGGACGUGUGUUGGCCUGCUAGCAUGGUCAGUGAGCAAUGCCGGAGGUGCUGGAGCUAUGUUCAAUGAGCCUGGCACUGCUCCCAACCAAGGAUGGGCAUUCAUGUUCGGCAUCAUGGCGAUCCUCGGCUCAUGGGGUGCUGGGACACUUGGACAAUCAGAUUGGACGCGCUAUGCCAAUCGCCGUUUCGCUCCGACCUUGUCUCAGCUCCUUGCAGCACCGUUCACCAUUGCGGUUACUGCAACGAUUGGUAUCAUCGUCACGAGUGCUUCGCGAGACCUCAUGGGCGGUGAAAUCAUCUGGAACCCCAUCAUGCUCCUGGCAGGCAUUCAGGAGAAGUACGAUUCUGACUCCAAAGUACGGGCUGGUGUUUUCUUCGCCAGCAUCGGACUCGUCACCUCACAGCUCGCUAUUUCGAUUGUGCUCAACUCGGUCUCAACCGGGAUGGACAUGGCUGGUCUGUGCCCCAAGUACAUCAACAUCGUCCGUGGUAGUUACAUCAUGGCAGCAAUCGGCAUUGCAACUCAGCCAUGGCAGCUCCUCAGCACUGCGACCAGGUUCCUUGAGGUACUGUCCGGCUUCGGAGUGUUCAUGGCGCCUGCGACUGGUAUCAUGCUUGCAGACUACCACAUCGUUCGCCGUUACAAGCUCAAGCUCAACGAUCUCUACACCAGCGAUCCUCAGGGGAUCUACUGGUACUUUCACGGAAUAAACUGGCGUGCUCCGGUGUCAUUCUUGAUGGGCGUUUGGCCACUUCUGCCCGGCCUUGUCAAGACAGUCACCUCAGACAGUGGCGGAGACACAGCCCUUGACGGAUGGACGAAGCUUUAUCACCUUACCUUCAUCGCUGGCCUUCUCAUCAGUGGCAGCAUCUUCUGGGUGUUAAACUAUUUCUUCCCUCCGCUCGGCCUGGGUGAAGAAGCGCCUUUCGUGGACGACGUCGUUCACGGCGUGCCCUCGCCAAAGCUCGAGUCUGAGCGCAACGGCAGCGAUCAAGCGAAUGUAGGGACGGAGGAUGAUGGUGAAAAGGUCUUGGCGAAGGAGACGGUCAACGUGUAG